AUGCUUCCGAAUUAUUCAACUACAUCGCCGAAUUCUGGUCAGGGACAAAAGCAAGAAUGGUCGAGCUCAAUAAAGAAUUGGCUUACACACAAAGAGAACAAAAAUGAAGAAACUGGCCUUUUAAGUAACAUAGCGCAAGCUAUCAAAAAUAAAGCAUCGGAAAGUGUUGCAAUAUUUCAAACAGCUGAAGAUCGAGCUGUAAGGAUUAGAAAAUCUUUAAUCUGCCUUAUAAUUGCAGUUAUUCUACUAUUUGGAUCAUUAUCAUUUUUGCCUACAUUCAUUUUAUUCCCAAAGAAUUUUGCCAUUCUUUUUAGUGCUGGCUCUCUUUUUAUCCAUGCAGCACUUAGCUUUACAAAGCCAACAUUUUUAGCUUAUUUUAAAGAGUUAUUUGAAGGGAAAGAAAAUAUUAUUGUUUCAUGUGUAUAUUUUAGUUCUAUUACUUGCACUCUUUUUGCAGCAUUGAUCUUAGGAGAUUAUGUCAUAGUCAUAUUUUCUACAGCUUUUCAAAUUUUAGGGCUUGGUUGGUAUAUUUCAAAUAUGUUCCCAGGUGGCUACACAGGGUUUUUAAACUUGAUAAAAUACGGUUUCAAAAUGUGCCCUUGUUUCUCUGGUGAAGCCUUUUUACCUAUCUAA